UUCGAACCCAUUACCUCAUGAAACGUUGUACCCCUGGUGGCAACAAGGAAGACUGUGACAAUGGUGACCCAUGUCAAGAUGAUGGAGAUUGUUCGGGCGACUUAAAGUGUUACGGAGGACGUUGCUUCGAGGAUUAUAAUGAUCCAGGCG